AUGGAGUGGAGGCAAGCUGUUGAUGCGUCUGCUUUCUUCCUUGUUGAGGCAACAGGGGAUUCUGACUCUACCCACUGCGAUCCCCUCUUCGCCGCCGGCCUUGAAGUGUUGUCGCCUCCCGACGACGAUGCCGAGUCAUGCACUUUGGAUUCAUGCAACGGUACAGGUACUGACUGUGUCGAUAAUACUGUUUGCGUGGAUGAGUUGAAUGAUUUUGGGGGCGAAGAAUCCAAGGAUGGUAACGGGGAUGAUGAUGUUGAUGAGUAUGAGGAUGAUGGGUUCGGGUUGUCUGAUAAAAUUGCAUCAGAAGCGGAGUCCCGUAUGAAAGACAAGGAUGCAAAGGUGGGUGUUGAUGCAGAUGGGGAGCUAAUGAACGAGAUGGAGAAGAACAGGCUUUUCUGGGAGACUUGCUUGGCUACUUGA